GUGCUGCUUUCAGCUGCAUUAAAUACGGGAUAAUGCUGCUUAGGAGAUUGAGGAAAGAAGAAGACCUUGAAAUUUGUGAAGUAAUCAGAAGCGAUGGUGGCAUAGCUGAUGAAGAUUCCAAAGCACAAUGUCAGAAAAAAAAGCACAAACUCAAAAUACCAAAAAAUAUUAAACCGAAAAUCUUUACGAAACUCCAGAAGAAUUUCAAAUCCGAAGAUGCUCUAAGCCCCGAAACACUAUUAGUUGUGGACCUUGAUGCAUUUGAAGGCAUAGUAGAUUCCCCUGGUGAUACCGAAGAGGAAAGACAGAAACAUGCGAUCAAAAUGAAAAUGAAAAUUCCUGACUUCAUGAAACGGCAGAAGAAUUCAAAAUCCCACGAAACUCCAUCAGUGGACCUGGAUUUUAAUGGAAACCUUGAACAGAACCGUCUGGCUAAAGCACAGCAGCAGCUUGUGAAAGCCGAGGAACGUCUCUUCGGUUCAGAUGAAGUGGCCAGGACAGAAGAAGUGGAGAACAAGCUGCAGACAGACUAUGAGAUCUUUAUUUUGCGACUGAGGAUGGCCAUCCAUGAUUCUUUCAAUGAGGACAAUCAGGAGACACUCAAGAGUGCUUUGACUUCAAUACUUCAAGAGGAGGAACAAGACAGACGCUGGGCGGAAGUGGCUGUGGAUCAGCGUCCAAUAUGGAGGCCCACAAAGUGCAGACAGAUGCAUGACAUUCUACUCCAGAUGGUCGUGAAGGAACGAAUGAAGACUGCAGAUGAACAGGAGAAUAAAGUAGACAAGCUGUCUACCUCCUUGAAGAGAGAAGUGUGUCAAAUGGGCAAACAAGUAAAAAAAGACCUGCUUAGAGUGGUCCGAAAUCUGAGAGAAUGUUAUCCACCAGACUUUGACAUCUGCAGAACGUAUGCUCUACUCUACCAUCAAACCUUCUCCACCAGACUCCAAGAGCUCGCCAGAUCCAGUAUUGAUUUUGAGGACUGCCUCUAUAUAUUGAGUUGGAUUUUCCAUUACUACCCAAAAGAUGUAUUGAAGCACAAAGAACUAGAGGAGCACAUCAACAAUUCAUCGAUUGGACCUUUGUUACCUGAAGAAGAUCUUAAGAGAUUAGAGGAACAGUACUUCUCAUACAAAGAGAACGAGAUCAGAAAGUGGUUAUUCACCGCUCUUGAGAAAGAAGUGAAAAAAUUUAGUGAUGACUUCGAUCCAGAGAUCAUGGAUGGAUACUACUUCAGCAACCUUGCUGUAGAUGUUUUACCACUUGUUGAUGCGACUGUGAGAGAGGUCAACACACUUUUGGGCUGUGAAAGUAAAGCCUGGAGUCUUCUAUGCCAGUUUGACAGCUUUCUUUUGAGCUAUAAGGCAAGUCUAGAGGAACUUAUCAAAAGAAAACAAGAAAACAUUCCUAAAACUCUCAGUGCUAGUCUCAAUAAUAUUUACCUGUUUAGGGAUUAUGUACAAAGACCAGAGCAUCUUUUCUCAGAAGACUCUAGAAAGGCUUGUCUGUCCAUAUUAGCAGACCUCAAAAACAUCUGUCACAAAUACUUCCUUAAUCGAAUUCACUCAGAACUGAAGCCGCUGUACCGUAAGCUGUGGACUCAAGCCUGGUUUGCUGGACAUAGUGAGGUUGUGGUGGAGCUGAUGAAGGCGCUGGAGAAUAACAUAGAUCAAUUCAAAGAGCUAAAGCCUGUCUGCCGAGAGGAACUGCUGGCCGAGCUGCAUGUAGAAGUAAUGGUUGAGUAUGUGAGACGAAUGAUGAAGAGAAAACUAAAACUGAAGAACAAAGAACAGCAAGAUGCAGCUGCUGAGUUCAUCUGUCACGACAACAGUCAAAUCUGCUCUGUGUUUGCCAAAGUGGGAUCCAAAGAGGAAUGGCUCUGUCAAAUACUGCCCAAAUUAUCAGAGAUUCUAAGACUGCAGGAUCUUGGGAGUUUGCAACUUGAGAUAGUUACUCUGGCAAGAGAUUAUCCUGACAUUAGUGAGCAGCAUGUUCUUGCUGUCCUGAACCUGAAGACCAACCUUUCAAGCUCAGAUUUGCGUAGGAUCAAAGGGUGUUUGAGUGAAAACAGAGGCGGUCAAGACACUGAGUCCUUCCCUUACUUCUUCUCUAAAGUACUUGUCAAACGAAAAAUCAUCUGAAUCCCAUGUGUUACAUCCAUAGCUAAUGUUAAUCAACUGUGAGACAUAAUCAGUAUUAUGUUAUUUAAUAUUUAUUAUAUACAGCUCAGUGAUGUUAUUCUGUUAGUUUUUCUCGAAGGAUUUACACUCUUCUCUAACACUAAGGUCAAGAAUAAAAUAUUUAUUUAGAAUAAAAUUUGUAUUUAAUGAGCCGCAUUUUACAAUACGAUGAAACAUCACAAGGUGUUCAUAUGGAUGUG